CUGUACUUAUGUUCUGGUUAGGUUUAGGUAUAAAAACACCUGUUAGUGGUUAGCAACACAUCAUGGUUUAGGUUAAAAUAUCCAUUUUCCUCGGCAGCAUCACAGGUGGAGACAGUCCAGCCUCCUGCUGUGGGCAGCUUUACAGCAGCCAUGUUGGCUGUAAUAACGCCACUACUUUCCAUCUGCCCCCUGAUGUGAAAAUCAGCUAAAACAAUCAGAUCCACUGUCAGCCCGUGAAUACUGUGCUCACCUGUGGCCCCUCGGUCAUAUGACUUACAGUUUGCGAACUGCCCUCGCUGCUUCUUCUAAAACGGCAGCGAAAUUGAAAAAUGAAAAGGAAGCUGAAGUGAAACCGCCGCCGGUUUUCUGUCUGGUUUAUUUUAACCUCACUGGACUCGAUGCCUAGUCGACAAAUAACACUUUUUAUCAUCAGGCAGAGUCGGUGUGCAGGACACUCUCCCGUCGUUCUGAUUUUAAUGCACCCUUUGAAAACCCUGUGAUGUCAGACUGCGACUCUUCCUGCCAUGCUCAUCAGAAGGACCACCUCUGUGAAGGGUGUGAGGGCUCAGACGACGGAGACAGGAGGCUGAAGAGGCGAGAGAAGAACAGAGUUGCGGCCCAGAAAAGUCGAAAGAGACAAACACAGAGAGCUGACCUACUGCAUGAGGCCUGUGAGCUGUUGGAGCAGAGGAACAGGAAGCUGAAAAGAGAGGUAGACUCUCUGUCCGAGGAGCAGCAGCGGCUGACCGAAGCCCUCAGGGCCCACGAGCCUUUCUGUCCCAUCAUGCACUGCUCCUUCGCCUCCUCCACCUCGUCCGGCCUGCAGCCCGACAGCAUGGCCGCCCGCUCCGUCUGAGGAGAGAAGACAUGUUUCCAGCCCAACUUCUGAGGCUCCUCAUUGUGUAAAUGGACAAGUGCACCCCUAGGUGUCGCUGUUGACCAUGAUGAGCACCAAAGUGGCGAUGCAACAGGUGUUCUGUGCUGCUGAGCUGUAGUCACAGUGAAGAGCGCCCUCUGGUGGUAACACCUCGUACUCAGCAGCUCCUGUCCAUGAUGUGAAUACAGUGACAGAUUUUCCCACACUGCACAUCAGCAGAUUAGAUUCUCCCAUUAGCACAUUUAUUGUUGGUUUUCUCUGCUGUAUGUGUGCAUGACUUUCUAAUCGCACCUGUAACAAAGAACCAAAGAGAUAUUUUCCCAAAAAUA